AUGAGAUAAUAAAAGAGUUCUUUAAUUUAAUUGCUUUGCAAGUGUCUAAAGUUUAGAAAAACAAAAUCUUAAAGUUAUGAAUAGAUUAAGAAUCCUAUUAAUAUUCCUCAAUAGACUGAAAGAUCUAAAGUAAUAUUGUGAUUAUAUAAGGGGAGAAAAACUUUAGUAAUUGAUUUGGAUGAAACUUUGGUUCAUAGUUCAUUUGAACCAAUGAAAAUUAACGAUUUGAUCGUUGAAGUAAGUAUAAAAUUAACAAGGUUUCAAUGAAUGAUUAGAAAUAUAAAAUAUAUGUUAACAUAAGACCAGGUGCACAAGAGUUUUUACUAGAAACUUCAAAAUAUUUUGAGAUUAUAAUUUUCACAGCAAGCAUAAGUGAAUAUGCGAAUUCUGUUAUUGAUUUUUUAGAUCCUCUUGGUUUAGUUGAUUUAAGAUUAUUUAGAGAAAACUGCACAAUAUAUAACAAUAUUCUUGUUAAGGAUCUUUCAUUAUUAAAAAGAAAUUUAGAUUCAGUAAUAUUAAUAGAUGUAUAUUAAUUAUUAUUAUGUAUAGAAUUCAGUUAAUUCUUUCAUGUUUUAACCUAUGAAUGCUAUACAUAUUUUAAACUAUUUUGAAGAUAAAUCAGAUUAAGAAUUAACUCUAUUAAUUCCAUUUUUAAAACUUCUUUCCUAAGUAUUAAUUAAAUAUAUAAAUAGUUUCAAGAUGUUAGACCUGUUCAUGAAUGGUUGUUUAAGUAUGCACAUUUUGAUAAGUUUGAAUAUGUUGAUUAAACAGGCACUAAAUAAUUAUUCUACGAUUUGCCUACAAGUUCAGAUACUUAAAGAGAUAAAUUAUUAAGCCCAGCUGAUACACCAAAAUUAGAAGAACAAAAAAUACUUAUAAAAACUGGAAAUUUAAAUUUGAAAAGUUAAUAAUUAAAAGAAGAUGAAAUAAAUGAUGAAUUAGAAGAAAAAUAAAAUGAAUCAAUAUAAGCUGAUAAAUGUACAGAAACACCAAAUAGAAGUGAAACCAUCAAUGAAAAAUUAUGUGUUUUAAGGGAUAAUUUAAACAUUAAUUCACCUAACUCUGUAGGAAAAUAAAUCUAAUUUCCAUAAAACUAAUGAAAAAUAAAUGAAUGUCUACAUUUGUUUUUGAUAAAAC